CGUCCCAGAAUUACACGCCAAACCAGACCCAAAUCGAAUUGAGCUAUAUAUACUCGCGAGAUAAAUCGAGUAGCCUAACCUAAAACCCUCACCUUAUCCUCUCCUCCCCUCUUCCCUCCCCUCCAUCUCCUCCUCCCACGACGGAAUCCGACGACUUCUGCUGCUGCUUUGCUUGUGGGCGGAGCAAGAGGCGGCAGCAUGGCGACCACCGACGCCCGAGUCGCGCCCGUGGCCGACGAGCGGCCUCCGGCCGCUGAUGCGGACGAGGCUACGGUGGCGGAGGGGCCCAAGAGUGCCGGGGCGGCGGCGGCGGAGGUGGGUGGAAUAGGGGAGGGCGAGGAGGUGAGAUUUGAGGGGAAAGACCGGAGCUUUACUGGUUCGGAGGCCAACAACGGCGGGGUGGUGGAGGCGGAGGACGGCGGGGAGGUGGAAGCAGCGGUAGGAGAUGGGAAAGAUGCAAGUGAGGGGGCGGGAGAAGAGAAGGAGGAGGAGGAGGCGGCUGCGGCCAAGGAGGAGGAAGGUGACCGGGAAUUGUCGGUGGAAGAUGUGAAGGCUGCGUUGUUGGUGCAGGCGCUUGUUGCAGCGAAGUCUGAGUCCGACAAUGGUGAAUUGGGCGAGGGGGAUGCUUCCCUGCCACCCCCUGAUGCGCUGGUAGGUGAUAAGAAGCCUGAAUUGACAGACGAACCAGAGGAAAGUGCCACUUUGGCGGCCAAGGAAGUGGGCAACGUGGCACUCGACGCUGAAUUGUCCGAGGAGAAACCAGAGGGUGAGAAGCGUGCAGAGGUGGCCACUGGAGGCGAAGAUGAUGGUGAGUUUGACAGCGAGAAGGCGGUUACGGUGCCCACCACGACCAUGGAGGCGGCGGAGCCGGAGGAUAAGGUGGCUCCUACAGCUGAAGCCAAUGGCAAUUUGGGCGGUGAGGCUGAAGCGCCUGCUGAGUUGGUGGCGGUGGGAGGUGAAGAAGCUCCAGAAGCAUCAUUGGAGAAUGAGGCUGAUGUGGAAGACAAGGCUGCAAAGCAGGAACCUGAAAGCGAUGCAAGUCCAGUGGUUACUGAUGACGGUAACCGUGCUGAUGUUGAAGAGGAGGCGGCAAAGCCCGAGGCGGAGAGCGAUGCAACUCCAGUGGUUGUUGAUAACGGCACCGUGGAGAACCAUGCUAAUGUGGAAGACGAGGCUGCAAAGCUUGAUCUGGUGAAUGAUGCAAGCCCAGUGGAGAACCAUGCUAAUGUGGAAGACGAGGCUGCAAAGCCUGAUCAGGUGAAUGAUGCAAGCCCGGUGGUUAUUGACAAUGGUAGCUUGGAUUACCAGGCUAAUGAGAAAGAUGAGGAGGCAAUGCCCGAGCCAGAAAGCGACGCAAGUCCCGAGGUUAUCGAUGACAUUAGCUCGGAGAGUUUGGUGAAGCUUGCUCCUUCAAGCGUAGAUGUUCCGCUUACCGAAAGCAAUGAGAAGGCACAAAAUGCAGAGGACCAGGUGGUUGCUAGUGGAACUGUGGAAAAUGUUGGUGUUGAGAAGCCUACGGAGGUUGAGAGUGUUGUUGCUGGUGGUGAUGAUGUUAUCUUGUCUCGGGAGUUGGCUCCAGAACCAGUCAAGGAAAACAAUGAUGAUGUCGAUGAGAAUGAAUCUGCUGCAGAGGUGGUUAGCCACAAAAAAGAGGCUGGUGAUGAUGAGAUAGUUGUGGCUGCAGCUGCUGAUGAUCAGAAAACUCUAGCUGCAGCUGCUAAUGAUCAGAAAACUCUAGCUGCAGCUGAUGACGAAGACACAGGUGGUGAGGAGAAUGAAGGUGCUCAAGAUGUUGCUGACCGUGAAGUAGAGGCUGUUGAUGAUGAGAUAGUUUUAGCUGCAGCUGAUGAGGAAGACGGGAGUGGUAAUGAGGGUGAUGAGGACGAUGAUGAGGUGAGCUUUGACAGGAGUCCUGCUCGACUUGCGAUCAUAGAGAACUCUGAAGCUGCAAAGCAGAUAAUGAAGGAGCUUGGUGAAGGAUCCUCAAGUGGUAGUCCUGUGUCUGGCUUGAGCAGCUCAAGGGAGUACACUAAUAGCAUGGAUGGACAAAUUGUUCUUGAUGAUUCUGAGGACGAGGACGACGAUAAUGAGGAUGAUGAUGAGAAGGGGUUCGAUUCUGCUGCUUUGGCUGCCCUACUAAAAGCGGCUACCGGUGCAUCCCCUGAUGGGAACAUCACAGUUUCUUCGCAAGAUGGUUCCAGAAUCUUUUCCAUGGAUAGACCUGCUGGUCUGGGCUCAUCAGCCCCAUCUUUGCGGCCAACUGCCCCCCGCCAACCUGCCCGGUCAAACCUCUUCAGCCCCUCUGAGCUGGCAGUGACUGCUGAGCCUAAUGACGAGAUGACAGAGGAAGAGAAGAAAUUGCAUGACAAGGUUGAGUUGAUUCGUGUAAAGUUUCUGCGCCUUGUCUAUAAAUUGGGUGCGACCCCUGAAGAAACAGUAGCAGCACAAGUGCUGUACCGUCUGAGCCUUGCUGAGGGUAUCCGACAUGGAAGGCAGACAAACAGAGCUUUCAGCCUUGAGAACGCACGAAAGAAAGCCUUGCUGCUUGAAGCGGAGGGAAAAGAGGAUUUGAGCUUCUCCUGCAACAUACUCGUCUUGGGAAAGAUUGGAGUUGGCAAAAGUGCAACUAUAAAUUCUAUAUUUGGCGAAGUGAAGUCCAAAACUGAUGCUUUUGGUGCAGCCACCACCAGCGUGCGUGAAAUUGUUGGUAACGUGGAUGGUGUGAAGAUACGGAUCAUUGAUACACCAGGCCUUCGGCCCAAUGUGAUGGACCAAGGAGCCAACAGGAAAAUUCUCGCAUCUGUCAAGAAAUAUACCAAGAGAUGUCCCCCAGAUAUCGUUCUAUAUGUGGACCGUCUCGAUAGUCUGAGCCGUGAUCUUAAUGACUUGCCUCUUCUAAAAACCAUUACUUCUGUUCUGGGUUCUUCCAUAUGGUUCAACGCCAUUGUUGCUCUCACCCAUGCUGCUUCUGCUCCUCCUGAAGGCCUCAACGGUGCCCCUAUGACAUAUGAGGUAUUGAUGGCACAGCGAUCCCACAUUAUCCAGCAAUCCAUCAGGCAGGCUGCAGGGGAUAUGCGUCUGAUGAACCCAGUAGCCCUUGUUGAGAACCAUCCUUCUUGCCGGAAGAACCGUGAGGGUCAGAAAGUGCUUCCAAAUGGCCAAAGUUGGAGGCAUCAAAUGCUGCUCUUGUGCUACUCAUCGAAGAUAUUAUCAGAAGCCAACUCACUUUUGAAGCUUCAGGAUCCUUCUCCUGGGAAGCUUUUUGGGUUCCGUUUCCGCUCCCCGCCACUUCCUUUCCUGCUAUCCUCCCUGUUGCAGUCAAGAGCUCACCCGAAACUUUCACCUGAUCAGGGUGGUAAUGAAGGAGAUUCUGAUAUUGAUUUGGAUGAGUAUUCUGAUAUAGAACAAGAUGAAGAUGAAGAGGAAUAUGAUCAGCUUCCUCCCUUCAAGCCUUUGACCAAAGCGCAGCUUGCAAGGCUCACAAAAGAGCAGAAGAAUGCUUAUUUUGACGAGUAUGAUUACAGGGUCAAGCUUCUGCAGAAGAAACAGUGGAAGGAUGAGCUCCGCAGGUUAAAGGAGAUGAAGAGAGGCAAGUCUGAUAUGGAUGCUUAUGGGUAUGCUAGUAUCGCAGGCGAAAACGAUCAGGAUCCUCCUCCAGAAAAUGUUUCAGUUCCCUUGCCUGACAUGGUGCUGCCUCCUUCAUUUGAUUGUGACAAUCCGACAUACCGUUACCGCUUUCUGGAACCAACCUCUACUGUCCUUGCAAGGCCUGUUCUAGAUGCACAUGGGUGGGAUCAUGACUGUGGCUAUGAUGGAGUAAGCGUUGAAGAGUCGCUCGCUCUCCUUAACAAAUUCCCAGGUACUGUGGCAGUUCAGGUUACCAAGGACAAGAAGGAAUUCAGCAUCCAUUUGGAUUCUUCCAUCUCAGCAAAGCAUGGGGAGGAUGCGUCUUCCCUUGCUGGUUUUGACAUCCAGACUGUUGGGCGGCAGCUUGCUUAUAUUCUCCGUGGUGAGACCAAAUUCAAGAGUAUCAAGAAGAACAAGACCACUGGAGGAUUCUCUGUGACUUUCUUGGGUGACAUUGUGGCAACUGGGCUGAAGGUCGAGGACCAGCUCUCUGUUGGCAAGAGGCUGGCGUUAGUGGCAAGCACAGGCGCAAUGCGAGCUCAAGGGGAUACCGCCUAUGGAGCCAACCUGGAAGCGCGCUUAAAAGACAAAGAUUAUCCAAUUGGUCAGUCCUUGUCAACCUUGGGCCUGUCCCUCAUGAAGUGGCGCCGUGACCUUGCCCUGGGGGCUAAUCUGCAGUCCCAGUUCUCGAUUGGAAGGGGUUCAAAGAUGGCUGUUCGCCUUGGGCUCAACAACAAGCUGAGCGGACAGAUCACCGUCAGGACAAGCACAUCGGAGCAGGUCCAGAUCGCGCUGCUGGGUCUUGUCCCAGUGAUAGCCUCCAUCUACCGGAGCUUCCGGCCCGGUGAACCAUCGUUUGCUUAUUAGCUUGUCAAGAAGAGCAUCUAUUUACUUAUCUCAUCCAUGUGUUGUGUUAGCAAUUUUCCUAAUUUCUUGAACCGGUAAUCUGUAUCAGUUUCAUUUUUCCUUUCUGCCCCGCAGAUUGUUCGUAUCAUAAUUUUGGCUGGAGAGUGUUGUUAUAUUCAUCUGGAACUAUAGUUCAAUAAUGUUGGUAGAUCUAUAUGAUCCUUCUACCAUUCUAUCAA